AUGGCUGCGGCCAGUCUCUCCUCGUCUCCCCGUGCUUCCCUCCCCCGCCUCCUCUCCCUCCUCCCAAUCUCCCUCCUCCCCACCCUCGUCCUCCUCCUCGCCUUCCCCCUCCCCGCGGCGCGCGGCGAGAUCUCCGACGCGCUACUGGAGGCGGACAAGCGUGCGAUCGUGCUGUUCGACACGUUCGGGUUCGAAUCCAACGGUCAUGUCGACAUGAACGUGUCGUCCGUCGAGGUGCUCGUGCCGGAGAACGCGGCGGCGGCCGACAAGACGCUGAUGGGGUUCUUUUUAACGACGGCGGAGGACGAAUUGGAGUUGCAGAACGACUUCCAGGCGGGCCACUGCGUGCUCGCCAACUCGCACGUGCACCGCCUCUUCACGCUGCAGGACGUGGUAUCACAGCAGCAGGGUCCAGACAAGCCCUUCACCUUCCACUACUCCGUCCCAGACGCUAAGGAGUACUCUCUCUUCUUUGCCAACUGCCAGCCGCACGCGCGCGUCUCCCUCAACUGCUCCUUCGCCCUCUACAAUGUCGCUCCCAGCGGCCGCAUCGACUACCUCCCGGGCGGCAAAACCCAACUGCCCAUGCUCUACAGUGCAUUCUACCUCGCGUACAUGGUGGCCGGCAUCGUUUGGAUCUAUCUGUGCCACAAGCACUGGGCGAGGGUGCACCGGAUCCACAUUCUCAUGGGCGUGCUGGUGCUGCUGAAAGCAUUCACUGUGCUGUCACAGGCAGGGGAGUAUGCGUACAUCCGGGCGACAGGCGACCCGCAGGGGUGGAACAUUGCGUUCUACGUGUUCAGCUUCUUCCGCGGAAUCAUGCUGUUCACGGUGAUAGUGCUGAUUGGCACAGGGUGGUCUGUGCUGAAGCCGUACCUGCAGGACAAGGAGAAGAAGGUCAUCCUCAUUGUCAUUCCGCUGCAGGUCUUUGCCAACAUCGCAACGAUCAUUCUGGAUGAGAGUGGGCCGUCAUCGCAGUCAUGGUUCACAUGGCGUGACAUCUUCCACCUGCUCGACAUUCUCUGCUGCUGCGCCGUCUUCUUCCCCAUCAUCUGGUCCAUCAAGCAUCUUCGGGAGGCUGCGCAUUCUGACGGCAAGGCAGCGCGCAUCGUGGCCAAGCUACAGCUCUUCCGGCACUUCUAUGUGCUCGUGGUGUGUUACAUAUACUUCACGCGCAUCGUGGUGUACGUUCUGCGGUCCACCAUGCCGUAUCAGUACGCAUGGACUGCGGAUCUGGCAGGAGAAUUGGUAACGCUGGUGUUUUAUUGCGUUACGGGUUACCAGUUCCGGCCAAUGGAAGAGAACCCGUUUCUCGCCAUGCAUGAUGAUGACACAGGAGGGGAGGGCAUAGAGAUGGAUAAGGCCGCGAGCAAGCCACUCAAGGCAGUCUUCUCCCUCGACGUUGAUGUAUCCGCGGAACAAGCAAGGCGGCAACAGCAUGAGUCAUCUGCAUCCCAUCUACGUGCUCUUCUUCCUCGUCAACGCCUGCACGCUCUUCGGGGCAAGGGGGAGCGGAAUGCGGGAGGUGUGGCGGGAGGUGUGGAUGGGGGUAGGAGGGGGGCGGAGGCGGGGAGCACGGGGAGGGGCGGGGCGGAGCAGGGGGGCGGGUGGGAAGUGGGCGCAGAGGAGAAGUUUCUGUGGUACGCGUCGCACAGCGGAUUCAGCAACCAGGUGAUGACACUCUCCCGUGGGCUGCACAUGGCAGCGCUGCUGAACCGCACACUGCUCAUCCCGCCCAAGCUCGCCCACUUCAACCAUGUCAUGCGCCACAGCGUCCUGCAGUCCGGCUUCCGCGACCGCGCCUGGGCUGAGUACUCCCUUCUCCUGCGCUCCCCUGAGUACCUAUCGAUGGGCGAUGUGUUGGACGUGGGUGCCAUAUCACCCGCCCUCGUGCGCACCAUGGACCUGCGCCACUUCGUUGCGCGCCACUGCCGCUGCAACGUGUCUGUGUCAUGCCCAGGCCAUGCGUGCCGCAUGCUCUUCCAAGGCAUCGCCUUCUCAAACCAGUCCCUCACGCAGUGCUUACAAGUAUGCGGGGCGAGAAUCGGCGCAUCCACCCCCACCCCGGCCCGGCUCUGGGGCACCUUUACCGCCCUCGCCACUGUCACUGCACGCACGGGUCUCUUCCAAAGCCACGUGCUGCUGCCCUCUGAUCCAGCACUGUCAGUCGCAGAAUGGGAGCGCAAGGGCGUGCUGUACGCGGUGCCGCACAUGUGCAAUGAAACCAUAUGGACCGUUGGGAAUUACUCCAGCAAGAGCGAGCUCCUUCAAGCGUUGGGCGGUGGCAAAGUGCGCUAUGACCAUGGCGUCUGCCGGGACUUUCGCCGAGAUCCCCAUCGUUUCCCUCUGCCACUCUCCGUGCACCUCCUGCAGCAGCCCCCCCUCUCCUCUGCCCAGGUGAUGGCAUUCGGGUCCAUGUUUGACAUUAUGAUCACAGACUUGAACCUUCACCCUAGCGACCGCAUCAGGCGCUUACAACAGGAGUCAGUGCCGUUCUUCUCACGGCCCAUAGUGCAGCUGGCACGGGACUACAUUCGCAAGCACAUGCCCCUCCCAUACGCAUGCCUGCACCUGCGUGCCAAUGAGGCCUCCUUUGUGAGGAAGCGGAAUGCCACUCUCAGCAACGCCGAGCAAUCACUCUGGGAAAUUCUGCAGCAGAGGGACAAACAUACUCCUGGUGGAACAGCAACCCUGUCCUCAACGCUGCACCUCUUUCUCAUGACGGACCUCCGUGAGGAGGCGUGGGCUGAUCUGCUGCUGCCGCGCUUGGCGCGCCUACCAGUGCCAGUGCAGGUGCACACACUCGCGCCGUUCAAGCACCGCCUGCUGGCGCUCUCAAUGCAUCUGCGUGGCUACGGCAUCGGUCUACGGGCGAACCGAUUCUUCCAUGAGGAGGACUCUUUUCGGCGAGUGGAAGAAUCAAGCUUGGACGACCGAGACGAAGGCGAUGGGAUGACAUUGACAUGGCCAAAGCACACGGGAGGGGAAAGUCGGCACAGCUGA